UGGAGGCUCAAUUGAAACAUGGCGGCGAAAUCGAAGAUCAUGGGAAAGAUCGUCGAAAAGAUAUUUUCAGGUUAAGUUGAAUUUAAACGAGGAACAUGACUUUUAACGGUCAAAGAAUAAGUCAGUUCGCCAAGAAUGUGGCCUGGGCAGUUGUCAUUGGAUCUGGGGGUAGUCUUUUACUGAACACAGUACGCCGUGAUUCAGAAAGAGCUCAAAGGUUGCUUGGUUAUGCUGCCGUUUCCGGUUUGGCUGGUGCAAGUAUUGGCUUCACUUAUGGGAUGAUGAGGAGACAGCACCCAGUUGUCUUUACUCUGUCUGCUGGUUCAGGUGUUUUUGCCAUUUCUGGCAUAUUUUUUGUUGUUAGGGACAAUUUACUCAUCUCAUCAAAGGCUCAUGAAUGGAGAAGAACAUUGGAUGAGCUUCGGGGAAACAACACCAUAACAACGAGACAAGAGGCCAUGACUGGCAUGCAAGCAAGUGCUAUUAGCGGUGCUGCUACCGGAUUCUUGCUUGCAUGUACCUUAUGGAGAGGUUUCAGUGUGGUCAUCAGUACAGCAUUACAAGGUGCAGCAUUGGGUGUAGUUGGUCAGUGGUCUGCUUACAAAUGCCAGCAAUGGAUUUUAGAUGAAGCAAUCAGAUAUCAUUACCCAGAACUUGUGGCUAACGCUAAGGUUUACGAGGAGGGCUGGCAGGAAUGGGCGUAUCGGCUUCUUACAACCAGAACUCACAGCUCAAUCAUUGACGAAAAAUUACAAAGCUACGAAAUUCAGCUGGACAUCCUUCAAGAGGAAGAAGAGAGAUUGCUUCGGCUACUUGAAGAGCGAGGAAACAAAGAUGAAGCGUAAAUAAGAAUGUGAAAGUUUGCACCGGGGUUUGGACAUCGUCUGUAACAGACAUGAACAAUUGAACUCUCCUGUUGAACAAACCAUCUAAUGAAGAAAUUUACGUUCUACUCGCGAUAUAGAGAUGUUUAUCUCUGCCAUAAAGCGCUAGUGCUGUUACAGUCUGUGCAUGUAGCUGAAAUUGAUGAUGGAGAAUCUGGGAGGCAAUAAAUAAAAACAGUGGAACAGUA